AUGCGCACUGACGCCCUCGGCCACAAGGCGCUCAACAUCGUCUCCUUCCUGCUCUUCACGGGCAGCAACAGCUAUGGCAGCAUGGCGCCCGGCUCCCGCUGGGGCGCAGGCGCACACCCGAGCUACCUCACGCCCGAGCCGUGGAUCUUUGGCACGUGGGGUGUCAUCCACUUCCUGCUCGUCGGCAUGCUCAUCUACCAGUUCACCGACGCCGGCCACACGCCCGUCAUCUCGGGCCUCGGGUACCGCUUCCCCAUCCUCUGCGUGCUCAACGCCGUGUACGCCGGCCUCGCCUCUGCGCACAGCAACGGGCACAGCUCCAUCUCCGACUUUGUGUGGAGCCUGCUCGCCUUCAUCACGAUGAUCUUUGUCGCCGGCAGCGUGUCGCACAUCUACCGCACCAUCAAGGUGCACCACGCCUCCAGCAGCCUGCUCGACACGCUCUUCGUCCACGCGCCCUUUAGCCUGUGGCACGGCUUCUCCGUAAUCCUGCUCUUCCUCGCCGGCUUCAGCGCCUUUGGCGUCGAUGCGACGCACCACAAGGCCGGCAUCCCGACGAAGAUCUUCGUCUUCAUUGCGCUCCUCCUGCUCGAGGCCACCGCCGCCGGCUACGCACUGCACGCCAACGGCGACCUGGCCGGCGCCCUCGUCAUCUCGCUCGGCCUGCUCGCCAUCUUCCAGCACCAGACCGUCGAGCACGCCGGCAAGUUCAUCCACUUUUCCGCCCUCGUCUUCUUCAUAAUCUCGCUCGUGGCCGUGCUGCGCGCCUCGAUUGCCGCCAUCCAGGCUCGGCGCACGGGCGCUACGGCCGAGGAGCGUGCGCCGCUCAACGCCUAG